AUGGAACGUAAAAGUCAAAGUAUUUUAGCAAAUUUUGGAAUUCCCAUCUCGCCCGGUUCACGUCCAACCCUUUCGCGAAGAGACACCUCAGGAACCAUUGUUGGUCGUUCCAGCACGAGGUAUUCGGUAACAGCACUAUAUUCCAUAGCUGCCGAACACGAUGUUGAAGUUGAAGAUGACUUGGCGAAAGCGCAAAGACGUUUACGAGAUUUAAAAAGUCGAAUUUCAGCGCAAUCUAAAAAGAAUUUCGUUCUGGAACGAGAUGUUCGUUAUUUGGAUUCACGAAUCGCGUUAUUAAUUGCUAAUAGGAUGGCAUUAGAUGAGAAACAGGAAAUGGAAAGCCAUUUUGAAGAAUCAGAUCAACAAGUUUUUAGUUUUCCAGAUAAUCGUAAAAUGAAUCAAUAUGGAAAUCUUUUUUUCCUUCUUCAAACAGAGCCACGACAUAUUGCAAAUUUAUGUCGUUUUGUAAGUUUGACAGAGAUUGAUACUUUGUUGCAAACCGUAAUGUUUACAUUGUAUGGGAAUCAAUACGAAAGCAGAGAGGAGCAUUUGCUAUUAACAAUGUUUCAGUCUGUUCUAUCUACACAAUUUGAAACCACAAAUGACUUUAAUUCGCUGCUUCGAGCAAAUACGCCCGUAUCGCGUAUGAUGAAUACAUAUACUCGUAGAGGUCCUGGACAAGCUUAUCUAAAAGCCGUGCUGUCAGAUAAAAUAAAUACUCUGAUAGAACAUAAAGAUUUGGAUUUAGAAAUUAAUCCGCUAAAAGUGUAUGAACAAAUGAUCAAAAAAUAUGAAGAGGAAAAUGGUUCACUACCACCCGAACUUCCAAGUUCUGUAACACCUGAUGUCGCUGCUGCUAAUGCCGAUGUUAAGGCUAUUAUAGAACCUCGUAUAAAUAUGUUGAUGGACGUUGCGAAUUCCUUCCUCACAAUUAUAAUACAAUCUAUUGAACAGGUGCCUUAUGGUAUUCGAUGGAUUUGUAAACAAAUCAAAUCAUUAACGAAGCGAAAAUAUGCUGAUGCAACCGAAUUAAUGAUAUGUACACUUAUUGGUGGAUUUUUCUUUUUGCGAUUCGUCAAUCCUGCCAUUGUCACGCCACAUUCAUACAUGUUAGUGGAUGGAAUGCCGCGCGAACACCCAAGACGAACGCUGACUAUAGUUGCCAAAAUGUUGCAAAAUUUAGCAAAUAAACCUACCUAUUUAAAAGAAGAAUUUAUGGUGCUAUUAAAUCCUUUUAUUGAUAGAAAUAAAAAGAGAAUAAAUAAGUUUUUGAUGGAUUUAUGUGAAGUAGGUGAUUUUUAUGAGAGGUUAGAGAUGGACCAGUACGUGGCCCUUUCAAAAAAAGAUUUGGUGCUGCACAUAACUUUAAAUGAGAUAUACAACACACAUGCAUUGUUGUCACAACAUUUAGAAAAAUUGGCUCCAUCAGAUAAAAAUCAUUUACGCAUAAUUUUGGAGGAAAUUGGGCCAUCUCCGGCCCAAGUUCCUAGAAUCGAAAACAAAACCGUUGAGCUUCCAUUAUUCAGUCGUUGGGAAACUCCUAUACAAGAUAUCGCAUCAGCACUUAUGUCCGAUAAUAGCGUGACACAAAAUGAUAUUUUAUAUAUGGAGACGAAGUCGAUUUUUAUUCAACUUAUUCGAUCUAUACCGCGAAUGGUUGAUAAGAAAAAUAUUAAUUUGGCAAAGAUAGCUGAAGCUGCGGCAACUGCAAAGGAUGCCGCUCUAGUUCGUAAAGGAAUUAAAGUUAAAGAAAUGAUUCGCGAACUUGAGGAAGCAAAUGUGAUCGACCGGAGUGAUGGGUAUAAGCUUAUGACAGAAGAAGUUGCCUUAGAAUUAGUGCAUCUUGGCAAUCUUCGAGAAAAGAUCAACGAAGAAAUAAGAUCUCUUGAUCUGGUUUUUAAGACAAUCUGUGAUCAUAACAAUUAUCUAAGAAGUCAAUUAGAUAGUUAUAAAGCAUACUUGCUGAAUGUCAGACAACAGACCUCAAAGGAUGCCAUAGGAGGGCCCGGUGCGAGUGUAGUAAAAUUGGGUGGUAAGGAAAAGACUCAAAAGGUAAAGGUUUUGGGACCGUACAAAUUUUCACAUGCCCAUUUCGAAAGAGACGGGGUUAUAAUUGAUACCAAUGUACCUGAUAAUAGGCGACACAAUAUUUUUUUCAAUAUAACAUCACCUGUUCCUGGUACAUUUAUUAUUGCGUUGCAUUACAAGGGUCGUGAUGCUCCAAUCCUAGAGAUGGAUCUUAAAUUAGACGAUCUACUAGAAAAGUAUGUUCAACUUAAUGUAUCCAGGUUGUUACAAUUGUUGAACAAGACAUUUUCUAAGCGAAAAGCGUAG